UGUUGCGCUAAAUUAUUUUGAUUGAGAUUAAUACAUUAUGUUAUCGUAGUAACUUAGAUUAAAAUGGAUCAGAAUAAUCGUUCUAGAAGAAAUGAUCUAGAUAUAGAUAGUUUUCGAAGUGAUGAACCGGGUUUUGAUAGGGCUCGAAUGAGACGACAAUCUGGUGGAUUUGUAGACUUCGGGAAUGAAUCACAAUAUGGAACAGGCGGACACCAAGCCUCUGGAGCAAAUGAAAUAUUUGCCGAUAUACAGGGAGAUGUUCCUUGGUGGAAAUCCAACUUUUUCAUAUCACAACCAGUGCUAUUUGGGACCUGGGACGGAGUGUUCACAUCAUGCCUUAUAAAUAUUUUUGGAGUAAUCGUAUUUCUAAGAUCCGGUUGGAUUGUAGGUCAAGCUGGUGUAGUUAAUGCAGUUUUUAUAGUAAUAUUUACAGUAUUUGUUGCCUUGAUCUCAGUGCUGUCAGCUGUGGGAAUAUGCGAACGAUGCAGAAUAGAAAGUGGGGGAGUGUACUUCAUUCUAGCACACACAUUGGGCUCCCGAAUGGGUGGAUCUCUUGGCAUUGUGUACUGCUUUGGACAGGCAGUGGGAUGUGCUCUGAAUGUUGUUGGUUUUGGGGAGUCAAUGGCUGAUCUUGUCAACCUGAACAACACAUGGGCAGCGCAGGGCUUUGCCAUUGCCGCAGUGCUUCUGUUGGGCACAAUCAAUGUUGCUGGAGUGAAGUGGGUGAUAAAGCUGCAGUUUGUUCUUCUUCUAGUCAUAUUAUUGGCAGCCUUUGACUUUUUCCUUGGUUCCUUUACUACCUUGCCAACUGCUGAAUUUGUUGGUUGGUUCAACAGUUCAAUUGCCAACAACACUUGGUCAAAUUAUGAGCCAGGAUACUCUUGGUUCAAGUGCUUUGGAGUUUUCUUCCCAACAAUUACUGGGAUUUUAGCAGGAAUCAAUAUGAGUGGUGACUUAAAAAACCCAUCUGUCAAUAUUCCUAAUGGCUCCUUGGCAGCUAUAGGCACUGGAACCUUCCUGUACCUCAUGUUUAUAAUAACAUUAGCAGCCACAGUUACCCGUGAAGCACUAUUGAAUACCUUCUCUAUUACUGCUGACAUAUCUGCCGUAAGGGUCCUGCUGCUGGCAGGAUUGUAUGUUAGCUCUAUGAGCUCAUGUCUUGGUGCAAUGUAUGGCACGCCAAGAGUACUGCAAAGUAUUGCCAACGAGAAAGUUAUACCAGGGUUAGACGCUCUUGGCCGUGGGAGAGGCCCCAACAAAGUACCAAUUUAUGCUAUGGUAGUUGUAGCUAUAAUAACUAUCACAUUCAUCAUAAUUGGAGGCAUAAACCGACUUGCACCAAUUGUAACAAUGCCCUUCCUUAUCACAUAUGCUAGUAUCGAUUAUUCUUAUUUUGCUCUCGCCCAGACAUUUGAUUUGCAACAUAAACGUGAAAUGAGAUUCCAAGGUAGUUCACCACGUGAUACCCAAGUCUAUGGAGCUACAGGAAGCGAUCUUGAUCUACUGUUUCCCGAAAGGAUAAGACACAAGAAUGUAGGAGACUUCACUCCAUCACCAACGGAUCCCGCUAUAAUGAACGGUCGACAGUCGAAUGGCGACGUGAGACGGCCCAGCGUCAGUGUUCAUUCUAAAAACAAGAAUUGGUACUCUCAUCUUUGCAACAGAUGGCUUUCUCUCGCUGGGGUGGCGAUCAAGCUUCUGCUGAUGUUCCUGGUGAACUGGGCGUACGCGCUCGGCUGCCUGUUCAUCCUGUGGGUGCUGUGGCUGUACGUGGGCGCCGCCAACCCCGCCGUCAAGCCCGGCCGCGCCUCCGAGUUCCGCUUCUUCCGAUGGCUGAAGAUAUCCUUCUUGCACGCUAUCGGAAAGCGUCCGUUAGAAUACGAGCAGUUGGUUGUGACGCCGAUACACGCUGACAUCAGCGUGGAACAAGAGAGGCUGAACGAUGACAAUGAAGACUUCGCGUCAAGGCGACGCUACCACCAGUCCACGCUACAAAGCCACCUCGUCAACGUUGAGAGUUAAUAACCAAGCUGACCAAUACAUCCUGGUAGAUUCGCUAUAAUCAUUUCUAAAACAUAAACAUGUAAGUUACAAUGACAUCACUGUGCAUAUCUGUAUAGAGCAGCCUAUCAAAAUGCUAAUACCUAACGCACUACACAAACACCUUUAUUUCAUGCUUUUAAUAAAUUUAAUAAGACUGACUGAGUUCAUAAUGUAACACAAAUUACACAGAUUAUUCUUACGAAAUUUAUUAAAAAUAUUAAUUUACGAUAAAAAUGUUUAUAAUAGACAAAUAACUUUAUAUCUGGCUUUAGUUGAUAAACAACUACCCUUUGAACCAGUCAUAUUCAAUCUGAUAUAGUUAAACAGUUAAAAAAAAUAAAACAAAAAUUUUAUAAAAAAAAAUAAAACCGACUCCAAAAAACCUACACUAAACCGAAUGUUUUUAGACGAAUUAUUAAUAUUUAUGUAUACCUACAUAAAUAUUAAUAAUUCGUCCUAAUAAAUAAGUAGGUAAUUAGUAAUUAUUUUUCUACGUUUUAGUGUAGGUUUUUUGGAGUCGGUUUUAUUUUUUUUUAUAAAAUUUUACUUAUUUCUUGCUUUUUAGUUAACUAAUUAUUACCUUGAUGUUACCACUGAAGGUAGGCAGUACACUGAGACCAAAAAAAAUUGGUUCAUAAUCGGCGGAGAUAUUGCGUAUAAAAAAGUUCAUCCCCAAUUUUCCACCCUUGGGGGUGAAAUAUUUUCUUCAAAUUCGCAUGAAACCACCCUUUUGAUAAUACCUAUUCAACAAAAAAAUAAUCGUUCAAAUUGGUUUAUAAUCGGCGGAGAUAUUGCGUAUAAAAAAGUUCAUCCCCAAUUUUCCACCCUUGGGGGUUGUUUUUUUUAUUAUUAAAUUUAAAUGGGACCACCCUUGAGGUAUUACCUAUACGCCGAAAAAAGAUUUGUUCAAAUCGGUUCAUAAUUGGCGGAGUUAUCGCGUAACAAACAUAGAAAAAAAAAAAAAAAAAAAAAACAUACGGGUCGAAUUGAGAACCUCCUCCUUUUUUGAAGUCGGUUGAAAAUUACUGACUGUCACAUUCCAAUAUAAAAACAAAAGAAUAAUAUUAAUAAACCAAUUAAAUUGACUAAUUUAAGCUGGACUAUCAUUGAAAGAUACUCGUUACAUAUACUGGUCGGUCAUCACAAAAAUCGGCCCACCUACGUUUUACAGGAAAACUCGUUUCUACUGACACAAUCAUGGUGCCCCAACAAUAUUGGUGUUAUUUGAAAGCCCAAUAAAUAUCCUUAAAGAAUAACACAUGUAAUUUCUUAAUAAACGAUUAACAUAAACGCGAUAUACAAUAAAUGUGACUUGAAAAAAGACCUCACUUUGGGCUCACCUCUGGGAUCAAUUAGACCAUUUUUUAUGGUUAUAAAACCAAAUAAUGAUCUCACGUGUCCUCUUUAACAGAUGGAUAGCGAUAAUUCCCAACUUAACAGUUUUAUAGCCAUAAAAGUUGGCUCAAGCGUAACUACCAUUUUUUGAAGAAGUGACUCUGGAUUCUUCUACAGUCACAUUUUUUGGGUAAAAACCUUUCCUUUAAUGAAAUGAAGUUUAGAACUAGGCUUUUAAAUGGUGCCAAUAUUGGUGGGAAGUGGGGAUGCAUACGUUUGAAAGUGCUUGUCGCGGGAGGGUCGAUUUUUGUGAUGACCAGUGUAUUAUGUGUUUAUUAAAUUUCUUUAUUAAAUUAAGUAUGAAUAUGACUUAUACAUCAUACUUAAAAACGCCAAUGUUUAUUUCAAGGCAAGGUAUUUCUGCUGCUGCUUUCUAAGAUUUAUAUUGAUUCAAAUGGAGUAGAAAACUGCACUAGCUUGUUAAAAAUAAUAAUGUGGUCGUAAGUGCUAUAAUUUAGGCCUCAUAAACUCGUGAGCUACCUUCUGGUUUUGUGGCUCACUUUUCCAGUGCAUGCGAGACCAAAUCAUAAAAUAAUAGAUAGAUAUAAAAUUCCAUAAAUUAUACUUUGUAGUUUUAAAUUCCGUUUGAGACUGGCUUGGUCUUAAUUAAAAAUUGUUAUUAAUAGAGUGAGCGUAUCAUAAUUCUACCUGAUAAGAGAGAACUAUUUAAAUAAUACGUAAUUUUACUUUCAUAUUUCUAUUUAUUAAUGAUUCUUUGUAAGCUGUAAGUAAUAAUAUUUUUAUACAAAUAAAACUUUUAAAAUGAA